AAAAACUAUAUGCCUUUCCGCAGCGUCACGCCUUUGGCGCUCCCAUGACUCUGGCGCUUCGCCCGCGUUGGCGGCCGCGCCUCCCUUUCCGGCCGCUGGCAGCCUCCGCGCUGCGUUUGGGCAUCCGGGGCGAAGCCGCGGGCGAAGCAGCCCGUGCACGGGAGCGGGAGGUGAACCUGGCAUGCCAAGCCUUGUCUGAGAGCUUGCGGUGUGGCGACCGCGCCUGGUUCGAGCGGGUGAUUCAGCAGCUGCGACAGGUGCUUCUGGAGCAGCAGAAUGAGACUGCUCUAUCAGAGGUGGUCGCGUCCGCGAGCAGCACCGUUGCGCCGCGUCCGCCACCGGCUGCACCGGUCGUCAGCUUUCCGCUGCCGUCGACCGCGUCCACGUCUCGUGGGACGGACAGGAGAGGCACAGAGAGGAUGAGUGAAGAACUCGAAGAGCCUGCCUGGCUUCAAGCCCUGCGACUCUUGGAAGCAGCUGCCACACCGAGAAAGCCAUCGACGCCGUCAGCGAGCAGAUCGGCGGUGGGAUAUUUCCCGGCACCAGAGCCAUUGGAAGAGUUUUCCCAGCAACUUGAGCCGGAAGAACAGCUGAAAACAUAUUUGGACCAGUUCAAAGAAGAAGAACCUGCUUGGGCCAAAGCUAUCCGGAUUUUGGAGAAAGUCCCUGUGGGCCGUGAAAUCAGGGUCACGCAAACGGCUUCGGCAGCAUCUGGGAACCCAAGUGGAGCGGCAACACCACAAGGGAUGCUGCGCACACCUGCUGGCCAACCUGGGCACGAUCGGGGAAGGGAGGUUCGGAUGAAAUCCUACCAGGCGAUGUUGCACGAGCACGCCUUGCGGCAUGCGCAAACCGAGAGGUUGGAUGUGCGGUUGCAGCCCAGCGAGGAGAAGUCGGAGCUCAAGCAGGGGAAACUAUCCGGCCAAAGUCAGAGCUCACAGGUCUCGCAUUCCGACAGAUGGGCAGAUGCUCCGGUUCAGGACGACAAGAAUUCCACCAUACACAGCAUCCAGACGGAAGGACAAGGCUCUACUACCGAAGAGCUGGCCAGAAUCCGUGAGCAGUUCGGGCUCAACAAGCCCAAAAAACAAAGCUUCACUCCGAAGGAAGAUGAGGUACCCAAAUCACCAGAGCCGCUGCCCAAACCACCCUCUCCACCGACCGCGCCCUCGACCGCGAGCGAUGUGGGCAUCGGCCGGGGGCACCUGGUGGCCUCCCUGCCGAGCGACGGCGAGCUGGAGUCGGAGGCGGAGCUCCGAAAGGAGGACCUUGUGUGGUCGGAGCACGAAUUCAACGACGGGGACAAGGAGAACCGUCGGGUCUUGAAGAAGUUCACGAAGGAGUUUAAGAAGAUGGCGGAAGAAACGCCUGAGGGCAUCAGGAAUCCGAAGCUUCUGACUGCAGCUUUGGACUUAGCCUUGGCAUGUGUGAAGUGCUACGAACUCGACAAGGCCGACGCCAUCUACCGUCGAGUGCUGGGCGAAUGCCGCCGGCGUGGCAUGCCGUGGGAUGUGAAGUGCUUGCAGGACUUGGCCACGCUCCGCUGCAAGCAGCACCGCCAGGCCGAUGCCGCAGAGCUGCUGGAGGAGUUGGCCCAGAAGGCGCCGCCCCACCCGGCGACCUUUAUCAAUCUCGGCACGGUUUACAACCAGCUCCGUCAAUAUGACAAAGCCGAAUCCUGGUUUCACCAAGCCGUGAACCUCAAAGGAGGAACACCUGAGCGUGAAGAUAUUUGGAAUUUGGCCAUUUGCAAGAAGAACAUGGGCCAAUAUGAGGAGGCGUUGCCCAUGUUCGAAGAAGUGCUGAGAGAGUUCCAAGUCCAUGAGCCUCACCAUCCAGUGACUAUCGCAAAAGUGCACAGUUCCUUGGGCGGUUGUCUCCACGAGAUGGGCCGUUACACUGCGGCGGCCGAGCAGUUUGACGAGGCCUAUUCGUUGUAUGCCAGCACAGUGGGGCGCCACUCGCCCCUCUUUGGCGGUGCGGCGGAGGGGAAGGCUAAAGCCUUGCAGAAGGCGGAGCGCUAUGAGGAGGCCUUUGAGGCGCUUUUGGAGGCCUUUGAGGUUCAUUCGCGUUGUGACUCUGUGCAUCCUACGCCGCUCUUCGAAUGCCUGGAAAUGGCCUUGACCCUCCAUGAGCAGCGCCCAAGCUUGGAGCUGCUGCGCUUUCAGCCUGCGAUCGAGGAUGGCAUGGCCAACUUGGAGCAAAGAGGGCAACAUCAGGACGGCAAUGCAGGACUGGUGAUGAGCCGUGCAGGGAAGCUGCUGUCCAAGACCUCUGCUCGAGGGGCAGCCGAGCGUUUGCUGCGUGAGGGGCGAGCCUUGAUUCAGCAAGCGCACGAUGCGAAGGAGGCGAACUUGGCGCAUGAAAUUCUAGAGGUGCCGAGCUUCCUUGGGCGACCAAUCGUGGCGGGAUGUGGCGGGAGAUGGAAUGCGUCGAGCUUCCCAGAUGCUGCUGUACAUAGUAGAACCUGCAUGGUAGUUUGAAUGAAACAUAAUGAAACCAUAAGUAUAAAAGGCAAUAUGAACCCUACAUCGAGCAUGUGGGUGUUGUGUCCCCAAAAUAUCGAUUGAUGGUCCAAUGGAAACGAUGGGUUUUUCAUUGUUGUGUUUCAUGGCAGCUUCGGGUGGUUUUCGGGUCAGCUUCCGCAAGGUGAGACGACUCGACACAUCCUCAUGGAACCAACGCAAGGUGAGCCGCAGAUCGUUGAUCCAGGACCAAAAGCGAAAGGUGGAACGGCAUUCAAUUGGUUCACUUGGGAUUUAGGUCAGAGUAGAGUUGUCACACUUAGUGUCACCAGAGAGGUUGUAGCCAUACCCUUCCCCUUCUCGUAUCAUUCUUAGACCCGGAAGAAAACAGCAUAGGCAUAGACCCACACCCAGUGCUUUUAGGAUUCAAGGACCGACGGAGUAGAUGCUAUCGGAUUAUGUUCGGAGCUGCUGGACACGGAGGUUAACAUUAGUUAACAUUUACAAAGGGAGACGUCUUGGGACAAGUCGUCCAACGCCAUUCUGGCAACAUCUAGCUACGGCAUCAAGUUCUGCUGUUAGACUUUAAAGCUUUAGGUCCCUGUCAGUACCCCUGCGGGUUCCCAAGCCUUCCAAUCCAAGGAAGACCACUUGUUUUGUUUUGACAAGCCUUAGAUCCUGACCUUCAUCGUUCAUGUUCUCUGGGGUCAACUCACCCAACCCAACCUAACCAUUUAACUCGAAAAGGCCCCAACCUAUACAGCAGCCCAGUAGAGUUUUGCUUGGAAGCCCUCUGCCGUCUCUCCGCAUAUCUCUUCAGGUGGAUUUGCUGCUGCACGGACUGCAGGAGCCGCUGAAGAGUGACCUUGGCCCCAAGACCUCCGCCAACAUCUCUGCGUCGGCGUGACGAUGGAGAUCUUGCGAAGACGGUGGCGCGCGGAGGAGCAAAAGGUGCGACCAUCACCGGCUUUGGCCCAGAGACGUUUGAGCCUUUGGAAGGGAAAGGAUCUGC